CUGUUUUGGUAUUUUUCUUCCGGAAACAACACAACACUACUUGAGAGAUCCGCGACCUGCUUGUAAAAUUAUAAUGAAAUGUUUCGAUCAGCUGGAAUUGCUGAAAUUAUACGGUCCCAUCAGAAAGAUGACAGCCUUCUUGCUUUCUUACGAUCUACUGUCACCGAUAUAUUCCAACAAGUAGCAGGACCACGUCUAUGGAUUCAAUGGAGAAGGUACCUUGACACCAGUGCUGAUGUGGCCUAUUUUGCUCUCACAUCAUGCUCUGAGCUCCAGACUAUAGGAGAGGAGUAUGUAAGCUUGAUACAAACAGACAGCUCCCUGCGGUCAUUGCCUCCAUUAUGGCGACGGCUAUUCAUGGUAUUUCUUCAAGUCCUUGCCCCUCAUCUGCUCACUUCAGCUUUGGAAAGAUUUGAGCAACAGCUGCGACAUUCCAGUUCUUUUAACAUCCGCUCCAGCUCAAGAGAAACUAUAUUGGGUUUCCUGCCGCUCGUCCGAAAAGCUGUUACAGUGCUGCACAGACUGCAUCUUGCUGCAUUUUACAUUAAUGGUGUCUUUUAUCAUUUGGCAAAACGGAUCUCUGGAAUUCACUAUGUUCAAUACAUGACUAAGGAUCGGGGAGCAAGUUCUGUACGACCAUUCCAGAUACUUGGCUAUUUGUCUAUUGUCCAGUUUGCCUUCUCUGCUCUUCUUAAUCUGUACAGUGUGGUUCAAGCUGUGAAGCAGCAAAAGAAAGAAUUGAAGACUUUUGAACUUGAAAGUGAGAGAAGAGAUCAAGAUUCUCGGAUUGUUAAGUCCAAUGAGAAGUGUCCUUUGUGCCUCAGUAGGAGACAACACUCCACAUUGACACCCUGUGGACAUCUGUUCUGUUGGAAAUGCAUACAUGAAUGGUGCCAAAGUAAACAAGAGUGCCCGUUGUGCAGAGACCAGUUCCCACCACAUCGCAUGAUUCCAUUGCAGAACUAUGACCCUCCAUAAAGCUGGGAUCCUGUUCUAGACAUAUUUCAAUACGUUUUUUUUAAUGUGUGUGUUAUGAGCGUUAAAAGGAGUCCCU